AUGCCGUUGAAGUCAGAAGUUCACCCUUAUCAGAUACAUCCGUCGGAUUACCAGAGAUGCUGCCACUAUAGAAGAACCUCGAUCAUGGACGACAGUAAACCGAAAUGCCAAAGGACCGCUUGGCACAAUGGACACAAGAAGUGGUGUCAAGUUCUAAGGUGCACCGUUGGGCCGUGGGGCUCACGCGAUAUCCGUAAGAGUCUUCAAGUCAUUGCAGGCUUCGAAACCAGUAAAAUCUCGGGAAUGGCCAAAGAUGUAGAAUCGCGCGUUCGUGAAGCACAGCGGCAGUUCCCUGCAUUCAAAGAUCAGCUUGUGCUCAUGCUAGACAUGACUGUGUAUCCGCCAGAGGUCCACGUGCUCCCCGUGCACAAGCUUGAGCAGUUUCCUGGGGAUGACCCCAUAUGGCCAGAGAUCGCUAUCGAGAUUCGCCAACAAAGCGACUCGCCGCCGAAAGGAUAUAUGUUUUCGGUGGUCAAGGUCCACUUGGGGAAGUCGAAGUUCACACUGUUUAGCCCGAGCACGGCGUUUCGUAUGGCAUUUGUGGGCCAGUAUUUUUCGGACAAUGAGGCAUCUGUUGAUAUUGAUGAUUCAAAAGUGUUAGGUGACUAG